UGUGGGUGGGUUCCUCCCUUACUCUGCUGUGUGACUUUGGGCCACCCCCUACUCAGUUUUUGAAGUUUCCUGGUAUAUCCCCCAAAUUUUAUUUCCCCCCCCAUCUUAGAGGCACAGGCAGGGGGCUUUUUUUUUGCAGCGGCAACAUUUUAGCUCUGCCUCUCACCCGUCCCCCUUCUUGCCUAAAACCCGACUUCGAUACCAAAGAGAAAAGUUCAUUAGGAAUGGGGGUGGGGCGGAUUGCCAUGGACUACCUUAUUUUUAUUGUGUGUUUUUUUUGGGGGGUGCAGGGUGAGAGGGGCUUUAUAAGCAGGGCAGCCGUGCCGUGCAAGGACCGAGGGACAUUCCAUAUAAUUUAUUACAUAUUUCUAUACUUGGCAGAAUUGUAUCAUUUUAUGGGUAUAAAGAGAAAUUGCAUUUUCUUAAAAAAGACCAAAAAAAGCUGCCGUCGUGUCUUUUUGUGUUUGUUGCUUAAAUGACAGGAAGUCCAGAAAAGGGGGCGAAAGGCACAUCCGCCCCAAAUCCCAGGAGGUCACUCCUUCGACUGGCUGUUGGCAUAAACUGGUGGGGGGUUAAGUCAUUUGGCAGUCAUUGGUUUUUGCUAAAUGCUGUCAAGGGCACAUUUCAGCCAGAAUCCCAGAAGGAAAAAGAUAUUGGGUGGUGGAGGCCUCAGGAGAGUCCUGAGGGCCAGGUGGGGAGCUUUGGGGGGCCGGAGGUUCUCCAGGCCUGCUUGGGUGCCAUGCGAUGUGUUUGGCCCUGGCACCAAAUUUUGUGGGUGCCAGGCACCUUCGUGGGGAAUUUCGUGGGUGCUUGGGUCACCCAGGGAGCUGGCACCUAUGUCCCAAGCAGACCCACACACUGAUGAACCAGCGAAUCUGGACGUUGUGGUGUCAAGAUUUCAACUGUGGGUAGGCUUCUUUGCCGGCUCUGUCGCCCACCCUCCCAUCUCGUGGCUGCAAACUGCGUCUCCCAAUACGAUUCUGGUUCAGCCAGGGAUGAACGUCACCCUGCCCUGCCUGGAGGGGGAGCUAGAGAACAUCACUCAGGUGCACUGGGUGUUCAACGGAAGGAACCUGAGCGCAUCCACCGGCAGGCAGGUGAUCCCCGGACCCAGCCUCUUCCUGCCGUCGGUGUAUUUCAGUGACUCCGGCCGCUACACUUGCUACACCGACAGCUGCCGACUCCUUUGCUCCCUGCGCCUGAUGGUGGAAGAACCGCCAGAGGCGCCAAACUUCACCUGCUUCCGAAAGAGCUUAGCCAAGGACAUUUUCUGCGAGUGGAAGACGCCUCGUGGGAUGUCCACCCACACCAAAGCCAGGAUGUGGGUGCAGAAAAAUUUCGUCGGGGUGAACCGCGUCGAGCAGCCCUGCCGCUAUUACACCAAGUCCCGGAAGUUCUCUUGCCGCAUCGAAGGAAUCGCUGACGACGUGCACAUCCUGAAGGUGUCCGUCUGCAUCUUCAACCUGGCGGGAGCCCUGAGCAGCCACAGUUUCAUCAGCACCGAAAAUCUGUUGAAGCCAGACCCACCAGUCGACGUGGAGGUGAGGAACGUGGAGCUGCACCCCCGCAAACUGUUUGUGACCUGGCGCAAACCCCCCUCUUGGGGUUCCUCCUUCUUCCGCCUGCAGUUCGAGAUCCGCUACCGGGUGGAAGCCUCAACAGCGUACAACAAGAUUCACCUUCAGGAUGAAUAUACUACCUACACCAUCUCUGACGUGAUGCCAGGUGUCCGCCAUGUCGUCCAGGUGCGGGCCCGGGAAGAAUUCAACCAAGGAAUCUGGAGCGAAUGGAGCCGGGAGAGCUUUGGAGUGCCCUGGACAGAAACCAAGGACCGCGACCCAGAAACCACGCUGGUCCCCUCAGAGGUUGAUCCUUUUGCCAGCACCGUUAAGCCCAAGUGCACUUCUGAGCUCCCUGUCGUCAUGAUUAAGCCAACAGUGGAAAAUGCUGCCUCUACGCCUCUGUACUUGUUCCUCAUCAUGGCUGUAAGCGUGACCGGGAUUGUUGGCAUCUUGGUCGUUGGAGUCAUUCUCCGGUACAAGAAAAAAUGGGGGGUGUCGCCUUGUGGAGAAGAGAAAUCCAGCACCGCCCCACCACACUCCCUGACCCUCAUGGCUCCUGAGCCUCCUCUGAGUUCCUCUCCUCUCCUUUCUCCUCCGGCCUCCCCCUUCAGCGAGAGCUCUGUCGACACCCCAAGCAUCCCGGAGAACAGCCCCUACGAUGUUUCAAACGCGGACUAUUUCCUGAUGCCAUAGUAGCCGACAGACAUCGGAUUUAGGGAGGUUAUUGGGUGCCGCAGCGUCCCCGCAUGUGGGCACCGUACGUACCCUGAAGGAUGUGGAGCGUCAGGAACACAGCCAAGGCGCCUGGGACAUCGUUGAGAGUCCCUUGGGUCGUACCAGCAUCAAGUAGCGCUGACGUCAAGGCCCACGCUACUGAGAUCUAGGAAAGGUGUCUGCUCUUCCGCCCGGAGUCAGGCUGCUCAGAAGAUGCUCCACGUUCAGGAUUUUGUUCGUCACUCAUCAGGAAGAGCUCAAGUGUCCUUGAAACCGAAGAUGGUGGUUGCAGAUUUGCCAAGUCCCUGCCCGGGUUCUGUGAUGGGGAUGCGCACGGCCGCAAGGUUUCUUCCAGCCCAGCGUGGCUGCUGGAGAAAACUGUUGGAGGCAGCAACAACAAAUAGUCCGUACAUUUUGGAAGUUCUUUCCAAGAUGCAUCUUUCCUUCUGGAUUCAUGAAGUCAGGGAGGUAACUGUCUGCCGUCGGAGGAGCUGUCACCUCCGAAGCGGCAGAUGAUGCAGGAAGUGGUUUUGGGUACCACUUUGAGCAAUCGUUGGCCCUUUUCUACAUGCCAAGGAAGGGCAUCCGGGCCAGAUUCCAGGGCUGGCCCAGGACAUUUUGCGACCUGGUUCAAAGGAACGGUGCCUUCUGGCGAGCCAGACUGUGGCUCCACCUAGUUCAGUAUUGUCUACACUGACUGGCAGCAGCUCUCCAGGGUUUCAGACACGGAGUCUCUCCCAGCCUAGGGAAGCAAAGGACUGGGCCAGGGGGCUUUUGUACACAAAGCUGAGCCACGGGACAAGGUACCGUUUCGUGUCUUCCCUGAUUUCACGCAAAGGAACUGAUCUGUCUGGCAACUCUUUCCCGGUUGAAGGGGGCAGAAGACAGGUAGUCCUCUGGGGAUUUGGUGCUGCUUCCUGCCCCCCAGGAAACUCACCCCCAAGGCAGCCAGCUAACCCUACCUUAUGGCUGGGCUGGUGCAGUCAGAGUCCUGUAUUGGAACGAGCGGGUGCAAAACUGCCUUUUAGCUGAGCCGGACUGUCGGUCCCAGAAUUGUCCUCCUUACCGCCCUACCUUGGGAAAGGCUUCGGACUGAACAACAGGAGCUCCCCCAAGGCCGAGUCCAGCAUCCUGUUCUGUCAAAGGUCAGCCAACUGUGCCAAUGGGAAGCCCGCAAAAGGACCUGGGCACAACAGCAAACUUCCUCCAUCACAGAAAGCAUGUGUGCGGUCCCCGAGUCGUGGGUGCGACGCACAAGGCUGUGCCGCUGUUCUUGCGCAGGAAUAAACAUGGCCCCAAUCUGGCUGGGGGCAACAGAGAUUUGGCCUUUCGAAAGCGAGGGGCUUUGUUACCCACAGUCCUUGCUGUGCAUCAAAAGAGGAAAGGGAGGACUCUUUCUGCAAUGUAAACAAGUCUCCAACUCGUUGCCUCCAACGGGGAACUUUGCUGCUCUGGGAUGUUACGAAACCCACCAUUACUCUGUCUUUUUUUUUUCCUGCCGCAGAACAACAGAACUGAUAUUUACUUUUUUCUUCUAAAGUUCACAGCGUCAGACUAUUUUUUUGGCUAUUAGCUGCUUUCUCUGCUUGCUUGGGUGAAAGGUGUCACUGUGUCUCAGAUGUCGCCCACGUAGGAGACGGUGAUGAAUCUGGAGGUUAUGGGGAGGCAAAACGCCGGAGGUGAUUCUGGCCAAGGAAGCCUCUGCGAAAGAGCCGUUGAGAUUCGUUCAUGUUCGUUUCCCCAACAUCCCGCCCCCCAGGCAGAUUUUUCGGCCUGAGGAGAGAGGGAAUGGUUUGCAAAACAGCAAUCUUACCCCCUUCCCGCCCAGGGAAAAAAGAAAAGAUAUCCAGGUAGCCCCACAAGUUUAAAUUUAUUGCAUUUCUCCUCCGUGAGUAUAUGCUGCCUGGACACAUUUUCCUUAUAUAUUUCCGCAAACAAAAGGGACUAGCAACUUUGGGUUUUUUGCUUAAAUUAAAGCUGCCAAUUCAGAAGAGGGCCUAAUGGAGCUUAAGAGGUUGUUUUGAGUAUGCCUGGCAUAACUUCUUCUUUCGUUUCUCUUUUUGGUGUACCCUGGGCAGAUGGCAUUGUGGCUGCUUAACUCUCCCACCCCACCCUGAAAUUAUGUUUUGCAAUAAGGAGCAAUCCCUCCCUUUCUUUUUCUGCCUGCUCCCUGCAAACAAUGCCUUGCUUGUUUUCCGAACCCGAACCUUCCCUGGGCAAACAGCCCGGAAAUCACUGCUCUUUAAGCAAUCGGCGUGACGUUCAGGUACCAGCUCAGCAAAGUGUCUGGUCCAAUGCCACCAAGGUAAACAGAUUUCUCAUAACCCUGUGCCUAGCAAAAAACUUCAAAGGCCAGUGAGUGCCAGCCCUAGGAAACUGCUGCCCUCAGCAAGUUCGAUGCUACUCAUUUUGGACUCUGUCUGAAUCAAGGUUUUCUUUCCACAUAAAUGCACUACAUGCGUUAAAUCAGCAGGGCAAAGGUAGGACGAUGGCACGGCUGCCAAUUUGUUCCUGUCUUAACCACUGCUGUGCGUAGCUUGUGUACAUUUGUGUAGACACAUUGGAGUAUUGUACCACCUGGGCCUU